UGUCUGAACUCUAGACCGACCUUCAGCGAACAGUAUGGUUUUUAUUUAGAUCACAUGUAGUUUCCCAGUUAUGACCGAGGGCGACUGGUGAGGACUCUUUCUCAAAUCCCCAGCAGCCUCCGCUCCUCUCCAUACUCUCUUUUCCCCCACUUUACUUCAACCACCGUCUGCUUUCAUCUCAGCUUGCUUGGCAUUUUUUCUCCCUUAAUCAACAAAUUUAUUUGUCGAUUUCUCCUAUCUUGCUGCUCUUUUCUCUGUGCAUUAUAGAAGAUCCCGCCGGUGGUUCCCUGCUUCAGGUGGCAGUUUUCAUCUUUGGGAGGGUAACAACGCGUUCAAUUGGGAGGAAUAUGGAAGGAAUCUUUGGGUGCGAAUUUGUUGACCUACUGCAUGUACUGGACUCGGGAGCACAAAGUGCAUUAAUAUGAUUGUGGAGCUUGUUGCACGUAAGUCAGACUUAAAGGAAGCAUUGUGCUGACGUGAUUCAGUUUCAUUCAGAAUGGAAUCUUGCAACUGUGUUGACCCACAAUGGCCACCUGAGGAACUCUUGAUGAAGUAUCAAUAUAUUUCAGAUUUCUUCAUUGCUCUUGCUUAUUUCUCCAUUCCUCUGGAGCUCAUUUAUUUUGUUAAGAAAUCAGCAGUGUUUCCUUAUAGAUGGGUCCUUGUGCAGUUUGGUGCUUUUAUAGUUCUAUGUGGGGCAACACAUCUUAUUAAUUUAUGGACUUUUACCAUGCAUUCUCGAACAGUGGCAAUAGUGAUGACCGUGGCUAAAGUUUUGACUGCUGUAGUGUCUUGUGCAACUGCCCUUAUGCUUGUGCACAUAAUUCCUGAUCUUUUGAGUGUUAAAACUAGAGAACUGAUUUUGAAAAACAAGGCUGCAGAACUUGAUAGAGAGAUGGGCCUGAUCCGUACACAGGAAGAAACAGGCCGGCAUGUUAGGAUGUUAACUCAUGAGAUCAGGAGCACUCUUGAUAGACACACCAUACUAAAGACCACGCUUGUUGAACUGGGAAGGACAUUGGCAUUGGAAGAGUGUGCCUUGUGGAUGCCCACUCGGACUGGAUUAGAACUUCAACUUUCCUACACUCUUCGUCAGCAAAAUCCUGUUGGCUAUACUGUGCCUAUCCAUCUUCCUGUGGUUAAUAAAAUAUUCAGUAGUAACCGUGCUGUAAAGAUAUCACCUAACUGUCCACUGGCAAGAAUACGGCCUUUUGCAGGAAAGUAUAUGCCUGGAGAGGUGGUUGCUGUUCGAGUUCCACUUCUUCACCUCUCUAAUUUCCAAAUCAAUGAUUGGCCUGAGCUUUCUACCAAACGCUAUGCUUUAAUGGUUUUAAUGCUUCCCUCGGAUAGUGCAAGACAGUGGCAUGCUUACGAGUUGGAGCUUGUUGAAGUAGUUGCUGAUCAGGUGGCUGUUGCUUUAUCGCAUGCUGCUAUCUUAGAAGAGUCGAUGAGGGCAAGGGAUCUUCUUAUGGAGCAGAAUGUUGCGCUCGACCUUGCAAGGAGAGAAGCUGAAACAGCUAUUCGUGCUCGCAAUGAUUUCUUAGCUGUCAUGAACCAUGAGAUGAGAACUCCCAUGCAUGCAAUUAUUGCACUUUCUUCCUUACUGCAAGAAACUGAGCUGGCACCUGAACAGCGCCUGAUGGUUGAGACAAUUCUUAAGAGCAGUAACCUCUUGGCUACUCUAAUAAAUGAUGUAUUAGACCUUUCAAGGCUUGAAGAUGGCAGCCUUCAACUUGACCUGGGAACUUUUAAUCUUCACUCUGUAUUCUGGGAGGUGCUUAACUUGAUCAAGCCUAUUGCAUCUGUUAAAAGGUUGGCUGUUACAUUAAAUUUGGCUCCAGAUUUGCCAGAAUAUGCCAUUGGUGAUGAGAAACGCCUUAUGCAAGCCAUUUUAAAUGUUGUUGGUAAUGCUGUGAAGUUCUCGAAAGAAGGCAACAUCUCGAUCACAGCUUUUGUUGCUAAACCAGAUUCAUUAAGGGAUCUUCAUUUUCCUGAUUUUUUUCCAGUGCCAAGUGAUAAUCACUUUUAUUUGCGUGUACAGGUGAAAGAUGAGGGACUAGGGAUAAACCCCCAAGAUAUUCCCAAAUUGUUCACUAAAUUUGCACAAAGUCAAUCUUUGGCCACCAGAAAUUCCAGUGGCAGUGGACUUGGGCUUGCAAUUUGUAAGAGGUUUGUAAAUCUUAUGGAAGGACACAUUUGGAUUGAAAGUGAGGGACUUGGCAAGGGAUGCACUGCUAUCUUUGUUGUAAAACUUGGGAUUCUUGAGCGCUCAAAUGAAUCUAAGCUUCCUUUUUUGCCAAAAAUGCCACCAAUUCAUGGGCAAACGACUUUUGCUGGGCUUAAAGUUAUUCUAAUGGAUGAUAACGGGGUUAGCAGGACGAUAACAAAAGGUCUUCUUGUGCACUUGGGGUGUGAUGUGACAACUGUGAGCUCCAGCGAUGAGUGUUUGCGAGUAGUUUCUCAGGAUCACAAUGUGGUAUUUGUGGAUGUGUGCAUGCCUGAUGGUUUUGAAGUUGCUAUCCGCAUACACGAAAAAUUCACAAAACGUCAUGAAAGGCCUUUAAUAGUUGCACUUACUGCAAACACAAAUAAGGUGACAAAGGAAAACUGCAUGAGGGUGGGCAUGGAUGGUGUAAUACUGAAACCUGUCUCUGUUGACAAGAUGAGGGGGGUUUUAUCGGAUCUUUUGGAGCAUCGGGUUCUUUUUGAGGCCAUGUAAGCAUUAGGAUGUAAAAGGAAGAGCCUGAGUUCUGGUUAGUUGUUGUGUACAUACCAUAGUAUAGAGCAUCACAGUGGAGAUGGAGCACUGGGGAGUUUACAGGAUUGCCAAAAGCCAGUCUAUGAAUAAUGUAUCCUUUUUGUGCAGCCAGAUUGAACAACCGGAUCCAGGAUGGAGAUUGGGUCCCUAAAUCCUUUCUUUGUCCUUCAGACGUGUUUUCUAAAAAGUUUAUCAUGUGGAUGAGAAGUUUGAAGUCGGGUCUUUUUGGAAUAAAGAAUUUUGCAAGAAUUCAAAUGAUUGUGUCAAAACUGAUUGAAUUCUCAUAAAUGAAUUAUUUCAAGCAGGGAGUUUGAGAAGUAAUUGCUUUUGAGUGAGGUGGUGUUUGUGAGAUUGGGAGGAUCUGAACUCUGAAGGGUACGUAAAAUGUUGGUGGUGUAAUGAAAAGGUACAUGUAGAGUAACCAUUUCUAAUUUCUAUUGUGUUUUGUAGCCAAAACUAUCUAUUGAAAUGUGUAUCAAAUAUUCUUAUUGGACCUUUCCUCAGAUGUUUUACCUAUAAUAACUUAAGAUUAUAUUUUCGUUUC